CGCGUCCCUUCGUCACUCCUCCCCCCGCCUUUACAGCCGCCGCCUGUCCUCCCCUGACGCCGCCGGCGCCGCACAAGCCUAACUAGCAAGGCCGGAGCCAUGGCGAGCCCGGGACGGAUCGAACUGGACAAGCUGAGCGUGGAGCAGCUCAAGGGGCUCAAGGAGCAGACGGAUCUGGAGGUCAACCUCCUCCAGGACAGCCUCACCAAGAUCCGCACCGCCAUCACCCGCCUCGAGAACGCCUCCGCCGCUCUGCAGGACCUAUCUCUCCGCCCCCACGGGAAGAAGAUGCUUGUGCCGCUCACGGCGUCCCUUUACGUGCCCGGCUCGCUCGAUGACGCCGAGAAGGUCCUCGUCGACGUCGGCACUGGUUACUUCAUUGAGAAAACUAUGGAUCAAGGGAAAGAAUACUGUGAAAGGAAAAUUAAUUUAUUGAAGUCGAAUUUUGAUGAACUGCUCGAGGUGGCCACGAAAAAGAAAGCCAUAGCAGAUGAGAUGGAUCUGCUGCUACGAACCAAGCUGAGGCAAGCAUCACCUGGCCCAAGUUCGUGAGAGCUUUGGAUGCGUGUCUUGUCUCCGCCUUGUGGGAUGAAUGGAUGGUUUAGUUUGUAGCAUUAGGGAAGCACAGGGAAAUGAUAGCUGCUUUUGUCAUGUGUGCAAAGGCUGCAGGGUCACGGAUAAUUUGCUGAACCAACCUGCCGCAUCAAACAUCAAGUAAUUUGGAGUUGGUCUUGAACAAGCGUUGGGUAAUUUUGAAGUCAGUGUUGAACUUGCAGCGUAGAUUUUUUUCCCCGUCACACAAUGGAUUCGACGUGUAUGGCCAUUUCUGUUAUGUUUUUGGCACCUCAAUUUGUUAAUUUUGUUUUUGUUGUUGUCCAUUGAACUUUCAUGGGCUUGUCUGGCUGACCGGUGGGUGGUGUGCAAGUAGUUUGCAGUUUUGUGAAAUUUUCGUAAUGGUCCAAGAUGAUUUUCAA